AUGAUAAAUUUAAAAAAAAACUCAGAUUCAGAUAUUGAAUCCCUCAUAGAAUCUAUGUUGAGAUUAAUGGAAUACAUGAAUGCAAAUCCAAGUUUUAAGAGGAAGAUGUUUGAAUCCUUUAAUCAUGAAGAUUUGAGUAAAAUUUAGAAAAAUUUGAAUGAUAAAAAGAAUAUCACUCUGAGAAAGAUUUCUUGUUUAUUUUUAUGUUGCAUAUUGUAGAAUGAUGAGAAUUGUGAAAGCUUUUUAAAAUUGUCUGACUUGAUUCCAAUCAACUCUAAAAUAAGUAUAAAUGGUAUUCCAGAAAAGAUUUCAAAAUAUGUUUCUCAUGAUACAAUAUUCAAAUUACAAAGUGCUUCGUUUUAAGAAAACUCAUUAUGUUGGUAUUACACCUAUCAAAUGGCUAAGGAAUAGUUGCCAUAUUUGUAAUUCUUUUCUUUGAAUUAUUCCGAUAUCAGAAAAUCAAUAACUGAAUUUGUUGAUCCUCUAGAUUCAAUCAUUGGAAUAGUGUAUGAAAAACAGAGAAUAUCUAAGCCUCUAACUCCCAAUAGCGAGAUUUCAACAAGAGAUAAAAGAAAUCACUUGUAAAAGUUGAGUGUGUCCCCUAUUCCUAAAUAAUAGUAGAUUGGAAAUACGACUAAUAAUGCUAAUGUGUCUUAAGAAAAAUAUUAGAAACGGUAUGUAAUUUCAAAAGCCUAGCAAUUUAAUUAAACACAAAAGUUGUAAGAUCAUUCUGCUGAGAGAAAGAGUGUGAAUUAUGAUGUUUUGAGGAAUAAAAUAUUGGAAUAACAGAAUACGAGAAAUGCAAUGGCUAAUUCAAAACCCAAUAAGGAGAUUUAAUCUACAAGUAUGGAGUUGAAAUUAAGAUUACUAAAAAAUUAAUGA